CUAGUGUUGAAGUGAAGAUCUGAGUGUGUGGGAGCGUCUCCCUCCUCCCCCAGGAUGGGGAGUGAGAUGGUGGGGGGAGCUUCUCUCCUCCGCAUGGGGGAUGUUGUAUCCCUUUAUGCUGAGGGCAAAGUUAAUGGCUUCAUCAGUACACUUGGUCUGGUCGACGAUCGUGUCGUCAUUAACCCAGGAUCUGGAGACCUAAGCGUUCCUCCUAAGAAAUUCAGAGAUUGCAUGUUCAAGAUCUGCCCCAGCAACCGGUACUCGGCACAGAAGCAGUUCUGGAAGGCUGCUAAGCAGAGCGGCGGACAUGGCACCGACGCCAGCCUUCUCAGCCGACUACAUCAAGCGGCAGAAACAGAGAAGAAGCAGAAUGAAGCUGAGAAUAAAAAGCUGCUGGGAUCUGUCAUCCAGUACGGCAACUCCAUUCAGUUGCUGCACCUCAAGUCCAACAAGUACGUGACCGUGAACAAGAGACUCCCGGCGCUGCUGGAGAAGAAUGCCAUGCGUGUAUACAUGGACGGUAAUGGUAACGAAGGCUCAUGGUUCUAUAUUAACCCUUUCUAUAAACUACGUGGCAACGGCGACAACGUGGUCGUUGGUGACAGAGUUAUCCUCAACCCUGUCAACGCCCGGCAACAGAUGUUACAUGUCUCCAGCAUGCACGAUCUCCACGACCAUCCCGGCUGUAAAGAGGUGAACGUGCUGAACUCGACGACGUGCUGGAAAGUUUGCCUGAACAUGGAACACCGCGAGAACAUUGACGGUGUUCUCCGAGGAGGUGACGUGGUGCGACUGUUCCAUGCGGAACAGGAGAAGUUCCUGACGAUGGACUACUACCGUAAGAAGCCUGUAGUGUUCCUCAGGACUACGGGACGCUCGUCAGCCACCGCCGCCACCAGCAGCAAGGCCCUAUGGGAGGUCGAGGUGGUUCAGCAUGACCCAUGUAGGGGCGGCGCAGGUCACUGGGACUCGCUGUUCCGCUUCAAGCAUCUCUCGACGGGCCAGUACCUCGCCGCUGAGGUGGACGAGGACGAGACUCCUGACCCCACCAGGAACAAACUUAGAGACCCGAACGGCGGCCACGUCUUCCAGCUAGUGUCCGUGCCACUAAGUAACGAAGUGGCCACCAUCUUCGAGAUGGAGCCGACGACGCUGAUGCGCGCAGACAACCUCGUCCCGCAGAACUCGUACGUCCGCCUUCGUCAUCUCUGCACCUCGACCUGGGUGCACUCCACGUCCAUCCCCAUAGACAGAGACGAGGAUAAACCCGUCAUGAGCAAGGUUGGCUGUGCCCCCAUCAAAGAAGACAAGGAAGCUUUCAGUGUGGUGCCGGUGCUGGCGACGGAGGUACGGGACUUGGACUUCGCUAAUGAUGCCAACGAAGUCCUCGCUAAACUCGCCCGGAAGCUCGAGGACGGCAAGAUAACGCCCCUCGAGAGAAGAUACCUGACGACGUUGCUGCAAGACAUCAUUUACUUCGUGGCGAGCAGAGAAGACGAGCAGAACAAGUCUGACGCUCUCGAGCUGAUCCCGUCUGUCUACAACAGAGACAGGCAGAAGCUGCUCAGAGAGCAGAGCAUCCUCGAGCAGAUCUUCAAGAUCCUACAAGCACCGUUCACAGAAGUGGAGGGGGAGGCGCCCAUGCUGCGUAUAGAGGACCUCAACUCCCCCAGACACGCCGCCUACAAGAACAUCUUCAGGCUCUGCUACAGGCUCCUCAGGCUCGCUCAGCACGACUACCGCAAGAAUCAGGAAUACAUAGCGAAGAAGUUUGGGUUCAUGCAGAAGCAGAUCGGCUACGACAUCUUGGCAGAGGACACCAUCACGGCGCUGCUGCACAACAACCAGAAGCUCCUCAACGAGCACAUCACCGCCAACGAGAUAGAAACUUUCGUGGGACUCGUCAGGAAGAACAUGGCGCAGUGGCAGUGGCGCUUCCUCGACUAUCUUAAGGUUUUGUGCAUCUCAAACAAUGUGGCCAUUGCCCGCACUCAGGAGCUCAUAUGCAAGAGCGUUCUUUGUGAGGCUAACAGCGACAUCUUGCUGGACACUAGGUUGGUGGUGAGUGAGCCAGAGAUUCUUGAUGAAGACGGAGAGCCUCUGGAGCGCGAGACUGCCGUCGUCCUGUCGUGGCACUCUGGCGAGGGCCCACAGAGCAUCGUGGAGAUGGCGCUGCGUGCGAGGAACGCCGUAGACAAGGAGCAGAGCGAGGACGCGCUGGUGCUGCAGUACUACCGGCACCAGCUCGACCUGUUCUCCCACAUGUGCUUGGGGCGCCAGUACCUUGCCAUCGACCCUCUCUCUCCCAAACUUGGCAUCGAACUCAUGCUCAAAUGCAUGGAGGACGAGACGUUGUCAUUCGAGCUGCGCGCGUCGUUCUGUCGCCUGAUGCUGCACAUGCACAUAGACAGAGAGCCGCAGGAGAAGGUCACGCCUGUCAAGUAUGCCCGUCUCUGGUCAGAGAUCAAGCCAGAGAUAUCCAUCGUCGAGUGGUGAACCUGGCACAGCACCUAGUGUACUUCGGCUUCUACAGUUUCUGCGACCUGCUGAGCCUGACCAAGACGCUGCUCAGUAUCCUGGACUUCUCGUGUGACAGCCUCAGCACCGUCGUGCCUGGAUCUGUCGUCUUCAAUGCCUUCAACCCCGCUAUGGGCGGAGUAACGAAGACCAUCAUUGACAUGGGCAGCGUGGUGACCCACCUAGCACUAGCCACGUCAGGUGUGGGUGCUAGGAUGCCAGGGUGUGGUGAGUCUCUGAUGGGUGCAGGUGCAGGUGGUGUCUCUGCCUCUAAAGCAACAGGUGCCUCGAGUGCAGGUGGUAAGCAGGUCGCGUCUACAGGUGCAUCGCCUAAGAAGAGCGCCAGCACGGCUAAGAAAGAAGACACGCUUCUUAUGGACACCAAACUCAAGAUCGUCGAAAUUCUCGAGUUUAUCCUGAACGUGCGGCUGGACUACCGCAUCAGCUGCCUGCUCUCCAUCUUCAAGCGCGAGUCUGACGAGAACGCGAGUCUUGCGGCCGAGGGCAACUCUACUCCUGGUCUCAAGCAUAAGAACGUUGAGAACAUCUGGAACAUGGCGCAGAACAUCUUUGAUGAACGCAGUAACCGUGAGAGCGAGCUAGACCUGGACGGAGAGAGCGGCUGUAAGCUGCUGCGCGUGCUGCUGCACCUCGUCAUGCACGAGUACCCGCCCCUCGUGUCACGCUCCCUCAAGCUCCUCUUCCAGCACUUCUCCCAGCGCAUCGAGGUGCUCAACAGCUUCAAGCAGGUCCAGCUGCUGGUGCAGGAUAGCGACGUGGAGUCCUACAAGCAAAUUAAGGAAGACCUCGACGACCUCCGCAACCUGGUGGAGAAGAGCGAACUCUGGGUGUACAAAGGGCGCUCCACCGACACCACCAGCAAGAAGAAGAAGAAAAAGAAAAAGGACGAUGAGGAAGAGGCGACUGAGGAGAAGAAGGUGCCGGCGCCCAUGCAGAAGCAGGGCUCUGCUAUAGACCUGGGACUCGGUCCGCCCCUGGAGACCGAACAGAUCAAGAACUACAAGCACAUGCAGCAGAUCCUGACGCGCAUGAACAAGCUGUGCGUGGUGGUGUCGUCUUCAGGCAACCCGAGCCCGCGCCGCAACGAGCAGCGUCUCCUGCGUAACAUGGGCGUGCAUAGCGUCGUGCUCGACCUGCUGCAGAUUCCGUACGACAAGAAGGAAGACAAGCGCAUGAACGAGCUUAUAGAACUGGCGCACCAGUUCCUGCAGAACUUCUGUCUGGGCGACCGCCAGAAUCAAGUUCUGCUCCACAAAGACAUUGACUUGUUCCUCAAUCCCGGCUUGCUGGAGGCUAAGACGAUCUGCGCGAUCUUCAAAGACAACGCAGUGCUGUGCAGCGAGGUGGCAGAGCGCGUGAUCCAGCACUUCGUACAGUGCAUAGAGACGCAGGGGCGACACGUGCAGUACUUGAAGUUCCUUCAGACCAUCGUGAAGGCUGAGGGACACUUCAUCAGGAGGAGUCAGGACAUGGUCAUGCAGGAGCUGCUGAACGCGGAGGAGGACGUGUUGGUUUUCUACAACGACAAGUCUUCGUUCAGCGCCUUCAUCGAGAUGAUGAAAACCGAACGUAACAAAAUGGAUCUCGACGAGGGCAGCCAGCUCAGGUACCACAUAGAGUUGGUGCGGCUGCUGGCAUGCUGCACGGAAGGCAAGAACGCCUCGACUGAGAUAAAGUGUCAGUCUCUCUUGCCUUUAGAUGACAUAGUCAACAUGGUCGAUCAUCCAGACUGCAUCCCUGAGGUUAAAGAAGCAUACAUCAAUUUCCUGAACCACUGCUACAUCGACACCGAGGUCGAGAUGAAGGAGAUCUACAACAGCCACCACAUCUGGAGCCUCUUCGAGAAAUCCUUCCUGGUGGAUAUGGGACGUGUAGCCACAGCCACGCCCGACCGCCGCACCGCUGAGAGGGCACUUGAGAACUACGUCGUCAACAGCCUCAUGACCAUCAUAUCCACAUUCUUCCAGUCCAAGUUCUCUGACCAAAGCCAGACCAUCCAGUCCCGGCAGCCGGUGUUCGUUCAGCUUCUGCACGCCGUAUACCGUGUGAGCCAAGGCGUCUUGGGACCUCACCGUGUUAACGUCGAGAACUGCAUUAAAACGCUGGCUGAUGUUGCACACAAGCACAACAUCAGCAUCCCCAGCGAGCUGGUGGAGCAGGUCGCCAGCAUGUCACAGCGCACCAACACGCUCCUCUCCCGACACGUCUCCGUCUGGGGCAAGCGCGCACUGCGACCGUCCACAACUCCCACCAGCGGCCGCAAUGACCACGUGAUCAUCGAGCAAGACUUGAACUCCGUAGUGUCGCAGCUUGAGCUCGAGCUUCGUCCUCUGGUCACGGCCGAGCUCUCCGUGCUGGUCGACAUCCUCUACCAGCCACACAAAAUAUUCAGGAAAGGCAGCGAGGCUGCUAACACAUGUCAGAAACAGUCCGGCGGGUUUAUUUCCAGGAUGAUCGCUCACUGCAAGCGUCUACUGGAAGACAAAGAAGAAGAUCUGUGCAUCAGAGUGCUCCGGCUGCUCAAAGACAUGAUGGCUGACCCGGACUAUGGCGAGAAAGGCGAGCAGCUGCGCACGGUGUGGCUUAAGACGUACCUCAAAGACGCGCACAAGAAGAAAGACGUCGUCGAUACUAAGCUGAAAAAUUCCCUCAACAGCAGACCUGGCGACAAGUUCCUACGGCGCAGCGGCCGUAGUAUGCUGGAGGUACAGACUAACCUUGCCGAGGAGGGCGCUGCAGACCUAGUCGUUGAACUCGUAGUCAACAGUCACAGUUCACAGAACAUUUUCAUCGAGGCCGUUGAACUCGGCAUCGCUUUACUCGAAGGUGGCAACUCAAGGAUACAGGAAAUCCUAUACCACAAGCUCACCAACAACAUCGACAAGGCCCAGAAAUUCUUCAAGGUUUUCUUCGAGAAAAUGCAGGACGCGCAACUUGAGAUCCGCAUGACCGUUACGGUCAACACUUCAGACUUGACGCAGCGACCGUCCGAUGAUAAGGACGGCCUGCCAAGCACAGCUGACAAGCCUGCGCUGCCAGCACGAGCUGCCAAGCACGUCAACAAGAACGGCGUGGUGGUCACAGAGGAGAUGAAGAAAGACAUGGACUCCGCUGUGACAGCGACCGUACAGGCGAUCUCUGCCGUCAGGACAGAGAAGAAUGGCGACGAGAUGUUGAUGGAUGACGAGGAUGCUGGUGGAGGGAAGACCGGAGUGGGAGUUUUAGUCGAGGAGGAAGAGCCAAAACUUUCCCCGAAAAUUGCCGUCAUGGACCCCAUCCUGCGAUGUCUGCAGCUGUUCUGUGAGAACCACAACACUGACAUGCAGAACUUGCUGCGGCAGCAGGCAGGCAAGACGGUCUACAACCUGGUGAGCGAAACGCUGCUCUUCCUGGACUGCAUCUGCGGCAGCACUACGGGUGGUCUAGGCCUCCUUGGUCUGUAUAUCAACGAGCACAACGUCUCCCUCAUCAACCAGACCCUCGAGACCCUCACUGAGUACUGCCAGGGACCAUGUCAUGAGAACCAGAACUGCAUCGCGACCCACGAGAGCAACGGCCUGCAUAUAAUCACGGCGCUCAUCCUGAACGACAUCAACCCGCUGGCUCAGGACAAGAUGGACCUCGUGCUGGAGCUCAAGAACAGCGCCUCGAAGCUGCUACUUGCCAUCAUGGAGUCUCGGCAUGACAGUGAGAACGCUGAGAAGAUCCUACACAGCAUGAACAUCACUCAACUGCUUGACGUGGUGGGCAAGGCUUACCAUCAGGAGAGCUUGGAUGACGAUGAGAUGGAGGAGGGAGCUACAGACGAAGAUGAUGUCGUUUCUCCGAAAGAGGUUGGGCACAAUAUCUACAUAUUGAUAAUAUGCCGCUAUCUCAGUGACUAUAUUAUUGCUAUUGAUAAUCUAAUUAAACAAGUUGAACAAUUAAAAAUUAUUAGUCCAAAAUUAAUUACGAAUUUUCUGAACCUGCAGAUUUCUCGCAGCAACCGCACCCUGGAGCAGAUCGUGUUCCCCAUACGCGACGUGUGCAAGCACCUCACGGAGGAGACGAAGCAGCGCGUGCGUAACACCGCUGAGCUCGACAAGCAUAAUUCAAAGGUGACGGAUUUCUUCGAGCGUUUCGACGACAUGCACAACGAAAUGAAGUGGCAACGUAAGCUAAAGCGCCAGCCUGUGCUAUCUGCCAUCAGCGAGAACAUGUCCUUAUGGAGCCGUCUUCUGUUCCUGCUCGCCACCACGUGUAACAUCAUCAUUGCUGGCUCAUUUCCUUUCGAUGACGACCCUAACCCCGGAGACGUGGUGUCACGGCAGGUAUCACUCCUGGUGUGGGCGGGUGUGCUGGUGGCGCUCGCUACGGUCAUCGCGUACCCACGGCCGCUGUGGGGCUACAUACUCACCGGCUUCAUGAUCAUCAGAUUGAUCUUGUCACAGGGCGCUGAACCCACCUUGCUUCUUCUGGGCACAAUAAAUGUUGUUUUGAAGGCCAUCCAUCUGGUGAGCAUCAUGGGCAACAAAGGCACCUUCACUAAAAACUUUCAACAAAUUCUCACCGACACGGAGCUUAUUUAUCACGUCUUUUACUUGGUCUUCUGCAUACUUGGACUGUUCAAGCCCUACGCCUACUCAAUUCUGAUGUUGGACGUGGUGUAUCGAGAAGAGACGCUCUUCAACGUGAUCCAGUCAGUGACCCGUAACGGCUGGUCCAUCGUAUUAACGGCGGCUCUGGCGCUCAUCCUGAUCUACCUCUUCUCCAUCAUUGCCUUCGUCUUCUUCAGGGACGACUUCACCAUGGACGUCACCAAGAUUGUGCCAGUUGUGCCAGAAGCUGACAGCUGCGAGGCGGGUCUGGGCAAGGAUUGCGAGGCAUCACAAACUGUGGCGGUGACCGAGCGCACGUACGUCACGGAGGAGCAGACAGAAAACUUGUGUACGUCGCUGCGGAUGUGCAUAAUAACGACUCUGAAUCACGGCCUCCGUAAUGGUGGUGGCAUCGGUGACCUGCUGAGGGUGCACUCAAAGGAUAACAGUUUGUUCACGGGGCGCGUCAUUUACGACAUGCUCUUCUUCUUCAUCAUCAUCAUUAUUAUCCUGAACUUGAUCUUUGGUGUCAUCAUUGAUACCUUCGCCGACCUCAGGAGCGAAAAGCAACAGAAGGAGCACAUCUUACAAAAUAAUUGCUUCAUUUGUGGCUUAAGUCGAUCGAAUUUCGAUAACCGCGAAGUGAGCUACGAAACGCACAUCGAAGUGGAGCACAAUAUGUGGCAUUACCUUUACUUCUACGUCCUCGUCAAGGAGAAAGACAAGACGGACUUUACUGGUCCUGAGAGCUACGUGUAUGCCCUAGUACAGGAGCGUCAGCUUGACUGGUUCCCGCGCAUGCGUGCCAUGUCGCUUGACAUUAGUGAAGCGGACACCGAAACGAACGAGGCAAGGAUUCUGAACGCUAAGCUCGACAAAACUCAGAUGCUUAUUGAAAACCUCGUCGGACAACUGGCACAGCUAAAAGAGGAGAUGAACGAGCAGCGUAAACGUCGUCAGAGGAAGGGUCUCAUGCCAACGAGCAGCUUGCACUCAUUCGCUGCUAUGGACAGCUCACUACAGCACUAGGAACAUCGUCACUUCUUAGUUUUUUCAAUAAUUUCCGAACUUUCAACGAGCUUAUGAAGUAUUCAUAAUAUGUGAUUCCUACGUAAACCAUUUACAUUUUUCACAUUAUAGAAUGAGAAGUGGCAUUAGCUUUCUACUCCAAUAACACACUGAAAAGCAUUUCUAAGCGUUCUAAGUGUUUCGGUAUACCUUAGAUUAUAGAGCACACUGUUGUGUUUGUGAUUAUGAUGGAUUUUUCAUGUUGUGCAUCCAUUAGAAUUUCUCAAGUUUUCCCCCUAUUUUUUCUCAUCUCGUCAAAAAAGUUUGUGGAUAAAUUGUUACUUGGUCAUUCCUGAAAUGUUGAUAAAAAACCUGCGGAACGAACGGCCUCACUAAGUCGUGUUUCUUCUAUCAAUUCGCUACUUUGUACGGUUAUUAGUAGUUAGGAUUAGACUCAUAUGUAUAGUUAAUCUGUUUGAAGUUCAUUUGCAAUGCACGACAUGAUGUUCAUUUGCUAAACUUUCUGCGGAAAGCGUAAAUGUAAUGUACUGUUCUUCAAUCGUCAGAUAACUGUGUGCAAUACAUAAUAGUGAUUGAAUGGGUUUGAAAGAGUUGAAUAAUUUAUACUUUAGUCAAGUACACUGUAUACAUUUUAAUCUUCGUUUCAUGCAAUAAUAGACCGUUGUCUUUUACGCCUGUGAUCAUUCCGAAACGUGACUAAUUUAAUCACGUUUAGGACAUUUUCACCGGAAUAGGUGGUGUUGAGAAUUUUUUUUCUUGUAUAGGAAUUAAGAAUGGUUAAUAUUGUCGUUCCGUAUUUCCGUAAGAAUAGUUAAUAUGUUAGAAAUGUAGAGAAUGGAAGGAGCUUUGACUCUCGCCGCUAUGCUGUUGUGACUCACAUACAGAAUUGCUUGAUCAAAGCUACAAAACAAUUUUCAAAAUAUCAGCAAUUAAAUUAUGUUCAGUAUGGUUUCGAAUCAAUUUAUUUUUCUAUUCAAUUGAAAGUGUAGUCUGAUAUAAAUUUAACGUUUAAUUAUUUAGCAGAUUUUUAGCUUAUUCUCAAAAUGUAACUGUCAUCAAUAAUUCCAUCGUUUUUAAAUGUCGACUCCGAACAGAACAAAUUUUUAAUUUCUAGAAGCAUGAAGGGCCGGAGUUUUGUCCUAAUGAAUGGCUUCAAAUCAUAGUAGGCGUGUGUCCUUUUAUUUUAAUAGAGCUUAGUGAGGUGAGAUUAAACUCUGUGAGGUUAAAGCUAUCGAAUUUUCGUGCUGUCUCAAUUAAGUCCGUUUUAACGGUCAUUUUACGAACACUUCUAAGGUAAUUAGGUUUCUUUCUUCGAAACUUGUCAAAUCUUUCUCUUUCACAUUCCUGAAUUUUCGGGUGCUAGCGAAUCAUUUAUUAACUAUAAGUAGAUUUUCAGAUCUUCCAUUGUGCAAAUGCCGUUGAAACUUUUUUCCUAGAAAAUAAACGUUUCCGCAAAAUUGCCAAAAGUAUUCUUACGUGAAUGAAGACACUUACGUUCAUACAAUUGUGAAUAGUAAUAAUGUUACGGGGUUAGUCCCACGAAAAGCCGAGGAUACGUAACAAAGUAGGUUAAUCUUUGCUGCUCGAGUCUUGCACUUCUGUUCAUGAUUUUCUUAUUGCUUAACAGCACAGCGAAAACGGCAAUCAAACCGUAGGGUUGGACAUGGUUAGUAAUAUUGAUCGUGUAUUUAAUAUAUUUUCCAAUACCGCAAGAUGUGUUGUCGUUGUUUAAGAGUGCACAUGCAAUUAGAAUAUAUUUAAUUAUAAGAUUGAUGUUUUCCUAUUACGAUUUAUGUUUCAACAUUCAAUGAAAUGAGAUCAUGCUAAGUCCAGGUAGUACGGGAACGUAUUUGGCUUCCUGACGUUUUAUUAAUAAUGGGUUAUGGUGUGCAAUGCUGGCGAGGAAUUCUCAUCAGUGCUGAUACAGCUACAUUUUCCAUGAGAUCUGUUAAGUUUCGAGUUUUUAGCUUUUAUCUUACUUCUAAGUUCGUCAUUAGCUCAAAGAUGCUUUUGUUCAGAUAGCGUACUUUUGUUUAUCUAAAAAUAUAUCAAGAUAAAUCCUAAUUUUAUUCUAAGGCCUAAUUUCAUCAAGUCAUCCAGGUUUCGUGCACUGCACAGUAGAUUGUGUGUACAUAGAUAGCAAAGCUAUUUUUUUGCCAUUUGCUGCUUAUGGCCGGCGUGGCUGUGAGAUUUACGGUAGGAUAAGCGCGCGAAGCGAUGCCAUUCGAACCAGUUCGGUAGGAUUCAAGUUACUGAUUGAAUCCUAUUGAAUGCACUGAUUCAAUACUUAUAAAUAAAGUUACUGAUUGAAUUACUAUUGAAUGCAAAAUAUGAUUACAAGUGCACGCAACUCGGAUAAAUAAUUGUCAAUCAAAUCGUUAAUCGUAUCGCAAGCGAAGUUUAGUGACCUUUAUAUCAAUAAGCCUCACUCGUAACUGUGGUUAAUUAUUGUCAACGUUGUCGUCAUUCCGUGUUAAAUCUGAUUGGUACAUUCUAAUCAUUCAAGGCACUAUUGCAUCAAGUUAUUUACACCGAGUGAUAAUAACUUAGAGCUUUCCUUUCAAGUAGCGUUGAAUGUUAAAAUGUUACUCUGAAUAAAAUAUUUGUGGAUA